AUGGGUCACGUGCAGCAGAUAGAAGAAAGAAAGAUGUUGCUGUUGCCAGCUUCUCUCCUCCUGGUGUGCAUGCUCCUGCCCGCGGUCGUCCGGAGCUACGACAACGGUCUGGGUCGGACGCCCCAGAUGGGCUGGAACUCCUGGAACCGCUACCGCUGCAACGUCAAAGAGGAUGUCAUCAAGGCCACAGCCGACGCAUUCGUCGCCAACAACCUCGCGGAGUUCGGCUACAAGUACGUGAACGUGGACGACUGCUGGGCUGGCUCUAGGGACCAGGACGGCUUCAUUCUACCCGAUCCCACCACCUUCCCCGAUUUCCAAGGGAUGAUAGACUACGUUCACUCCAAGGGCCUCCUCUUCGGCCUGUACAGCGACGCUGGGAAAAGGACGUGUGCGGGGAGACCCGGCUCCCUCUUCCACGAGGUCCAGGACGCCCAGACCUACGCCAAGUGGAAAGUCGACUACCUCAAAUACGACAACUGCAACAACGAUAAUAUUACUCCCAAGAUACGCUAUCCUAUUAUGCAGAUGGCCCUGAACUAUACUGGAAGGCCUAUAUUUUACUCUCUGUGUGAGUGGGGCAAAGACGAUCCAGCCACGUGGGCUCCCGCGGUGGGUAACAGUUGGCGAACCACUGGUGAUAUCUCUGACGAUUGGGACACCAUGAUCAAUAGAGCAGACCUGAAUAACCAGUGGUGGUUGUACGCUGGGCCCUAUGGAUGGAACGACCCUGACAUGCUUGAGGUGGGGAAUGGAGGUAUGACAACCACGGAAUACGAGACCCACUUCAGUCUGUGGUGUCUCAUGAAGUCGCCUCUCCUCAUUGGCUGCGACGUCAUUAACAUGACCUCUGACACUAAACGCAUCCUCACAAACUCCGACGCCAUCGCUGUCAACCAAGACCCACUGGGGAUUCAGGGAAACAAGAGUUUCGUAAACGGGACAAGUGAGGUGUGGUGUGUACUGCUCUCUCACCCCACUCCUGGUGUUGCCGCCAUCCUCCUCAACAGAGGGCACGAAACCACCUCCAUCACUGCCUAUUGGUGGGCCUUGGGGAUCGACCCGGUUGGCAAGUAUGAGGUGUAUGACAUAUGGCAGCACAAAAUUCUGGGUACAAUGACAGAGAGUGUGACUGCUACUGUUCCUAGCCAUGGAGUUGCCUUCUAUCGCAUCACUCCAACUUCUCAGUGAUUAUACAGCUGUAAUUUGAUGAUGUCGAUUAUAAUGCCGCCGAACUGUACAAUGAGAAAUGUAUCAUGCACGCUUGAGAAAGUUGCUCACCAC